CGGCCCCGCGGCCCCAGGGGGCGGCGGCGGCGGCGGAGGCGGCGGGGGGAUUCGGAAGUCAACGCCAUGUCGAGUCUGCACAAGAGCAGGAUUGCAGAUUUCCACGAUGUCCUGAAGGAGCCCACCAUCGCCUUGGAAAAGCUUCGGGAACUCAGUUUUAGUGGCAUCCCCUGUGAGGGCGGACUGCGGUGCCUCUGCUGGAAGAUUCUCCUGAACUACCUCCCCUUGGAAAGAGCCUCAUGGACCUCCAUCCUGGCCAAGCAGAGGGAGCUAUAUUCUCAGUUCCUGAGAGAAAUGAUUAUUCAGCCUGGCAUUGCCAAGGCCAACAUGGGUGUGUCCAGGGAGGAUGUGACCUUUGAGGACCACCCGCUCAACCCCAAUCCUGACAGCCGGUGGAACACUUACUUCAAAGACAACGAGGUGCUGCUGCAGAUCGACAAAGACGUCCGGAGGUUGUGCCCAGACAUAUCUUUCUUCCAGAGAGCCACCGAGUACCCCUGCCUCCUUAUCCUGGACCCCCAGAAUGAGUUUGAGACCCUUCGAAAGCGGGUGGAGCAGACAACGCUGAAAUCCCAGACAGUGGCCCGGAACCGGAGUGGAGUCACAAAUAUGAGCUCCCCGCACAAGAACUCCGCGCCGUCCUCCCUGAAUGAGUAUGAGGUGCUGCCCAACGGCUGUGAGGCCCACUGGGAGGUGGUGGAGCGCAUCCUGUUCAUCUAUGCCAAGCUCAACCCUGGCAUCGCUUACGUGCAGGGCAUGAAUGAGAUCGUGGGACCCCUCUACUAUACCUUUGCCACUGACCCCAACAGCGAAUGGAAAGAGCACGCCGAGGCAGACACCUUUUUCUGCUUCACCAACCUCAUGGCUGAGAUCCGGGACAACUUCAUCAAAAGCCUGGAUGACUCACAGUGUGGCAUCACCUACAAGAUGGAAAAGGUGUACUCCACCUUGAAGGACAAGGACAUGGAACUCUACCUGAAACUGCAAGAACAGAACAUCAAGCCCCAGUUCUUCGCCUUCCGCUGGCUGACACUGCUGCUGUCCCAGGAGUUCUUGCUGCCCGACGUCAUCCGUAUCUGGGAUUCCCUGUUCGCUGACGACAACCGUUUCGACUUCCUCCUCCUGGUCUGCUGUGCCAUGCUCAUACUGAUCCGGGAGCAGUUGCUGGAAGGGGACUUUACCAUAAACAUGCGGCUCCUGCAGGAUUAUCCCAUCACUGAUGUCUGCCAGAUCCUCCAGAAAGCCAAGGAACUCCAAGACUCAAAGUAGCCCGCUGGCAAGAGGCCCAGGUUUGGGAGAGAAGACACCGACCCCUGUACCGUGGCUUCUGGGACACACAGGAGCCUCUGGGAUCCCAGCCAGCCCGAGGGGAAGCUGCAGGACCGGCCCGCUCCGGGCCUCCUCAUUUGGCCCUCACCCUAGGCCGCGCCCCUCUGGGGGCACACUGUGCCAUGCUCCUUUCUAACCACCCAGCCCUGGCUCUCUCCUUCUCUUCGACCCGGGGGACCUUUGGCCCAGGCUGCCGAGCAAGGCUGGAGCUCAUGAGGUGGUUUCUUGGGGCUAGGGCACACUGGGGGCACUGGGGGCUGGCAGGGGUCCUCCCCCGCCUGUGCUCGGCCGCUCCCUUCCUCCUCUCCUGCUCAGAUCUUCUGGGCUCUGGUUGCAGGAGGUGCUGGGCAAAUGAGCCAGAAACCGCUUCUGGUUCUUGGUGCUUAGGCUUCUCCGUGGGGAAGGUGACACUGUGAAGGAGCUAAGAAGCUGCCAGGCCCAGGUCACACCCUCUGUCCCUCUCCCACCGAGUGUGUGUUUCUGUCUGUAGUCAUGGGUGUGUGUGUGUGUGUGUCUUCAUCCCCCAGGUGUCUGCUGCUCCUGUGUGUGCGUCUGUCACUGUGUGUGAGGGGGGUGGGGGUAUCUUUGGUCCCUCGAGGUCUUUCUUUUUGGUCUCCCUCCCUUCACAGAGUAUGUGUGACUCUCUGGCUCUGUCUGCCCCUCUCUCCAUUUCCCUCUGCCCUUCUCUCUCGGGGUGCCUUAUCCCCAGCCACUUCACCCCCCUCCCCUCCAUUCCAUGAACCCCAGAGACAGAAUGAAGAGUCUGGCUGAGCAGAGCCCCUGGGGUCAGCUUUGGUAUGUUCCCAUCCCCAGCCCUAGGCCCCUGGGUCCCACAGACUGGGAGGGAGUCAGUGCCUCGCUAGAGGGCCCUGAAUCUGCUCCCAACAACAACCUUGGACACCAAGAGCUGCUGAGAAAUGGUGGCCCACAAGGCCCCUUGCCCUCCUUUCCGCCCAGGGCUGGAGGAAGAUGAGGGAGAACCGCAUCUUCCAGAGGUUCCCCACAAAGGCCCUUGUUUCCCAAAGGAAAAGGAUGCACAAAUGGUACUGUGCCAGGGGUUGGGAUCCAAGUGCUUCAGAAGACUAGUCAUUCCCAUGGCUUCCAGGUCCCGCCCAGGGCGGUGAGUCCCAUAAAGGCUGGGGGCGGGCGACGGGAGCCUCCCUGGGCCAGUGGUAGCUGAGCUUAACAGCCCUGGAUCCUGCCAGUGCCAGGAAAGGCAUGUUUCCCCCAAGCAGGGUGAAGGAGCUGCUGGCCCUUCUUCCCUGGGCACCUGCGUGGGCUGCCCCCAGGAUUUGGGACGGGGCGCCCUGAGCAGGAGCAGCCGGCUUCUCUUGCCCCUGGGCCAUGGGAGGAGUGGGCUUAUUUUGACCAAACCCCUCCUCCUCCUGUGAGGAAGCAGGUGGCUUGUGUCUGGAAGGCUGGGCAAUGUAGCAGGGGUCCUCAGGCUCUCAGACUGGCCAGCGGUCUUUUGUCCCCAGAGCCUUCCCGAGUCUGGCAUCCAGGACUUCGUGCUGCCCACCCAGGCCUGGCUGUGGGCCAGGAAGAGCUGUCCCCAAGUGGCUCCUAUACCAGGCUGUACCUUGGGACGUUGUGCACAUGCCUUUUUGCCUCCUCCUCUCCCAACAUACAGUGUUUGGGAGAUUUUUUACUAUUUAUUCAGACCCCUGGUUAUUUAUUGCCUACUGGCUCGUGCUUGAUUCGGAGGUGAAGGGUGGGGCCAGGAGGGUAAAAAGCCGUUGGAGAUAGUCUUCUGACUUUCCAAGUCAGAGUCUGCAUUCUCUCCCCCUGCCUCUGGGACCUUCUUGAUUUCCCAGCAGGUCCCUGCUGGGAGGGCUGUGAGCUCUGUACUGGAACUGGAGUAAGGGAUACCGGAGGGCUGGUGUUGAGAGGGCUGUUGUGGCCUCCGGACUGCAAGACCCCAGCAUGGCACAGAGACACGCUUCCCACCAGCCUGGCUUGACCUCUUCCCAGAACUUGUCAGCUGGUGGUUCAGUCCCGACUUUGACCCCUUCCCAGUCUGAGGCUUGGGCCCCAGCCUGGGAUGCAGCAGACUCUGCCCAGGACACCUGAUGCAUUCCCUCUUGCCUGUCCCUCUACUUUCCCUCCUGGGGCCAUACUACUUGAAUCAUUGCGUCUGAUUCGCCUCAUUGGCAGGCUUAGGUCCAGUGCUCUCUCCUUGACCUUGGGAUGAAGGUCAAGAGCAGAGGGAUAGUGUCCAGAUUGGGCUGAGCUCUCCAGAUUCUCCAGGGAGGCACCUGAGAGCCAGAGUGCCUGAGGCUUCCCCAUUGGGAAGCUGCCCCCAGGACUUUGGACACUUAGAGAUUGGGCUGUAUGAGCUCAGCAGGUCUCGCUGCGGGCUCAGAAUGUGAGUCUGCUUUUGUUCUUUCCAUCAGUUUUAUUCCUUGAAUCAAUGCUGUUGAUGACAAGUUGUCUUUAAUAAAUCGUGUUCUUUGCAAUGAG